AUGUGCUCCGUGCCGGUGCCCCAGGCGCCCCUGCGCCGUGUGGCCGUGACCGGCGGCACCCAUGGCAAUGAGCUGUCCGGCGUCUACCUGGCCAGGCACUGGCUGCGGGACCCCAGGGAGCUGCGGAGACCCAGCUUCUCUGCCACGCCCGUGCUGGCUAACCCCGCGGCUGCGGCUGCCUGCCGCCGCUAUGUGGACCGUGACCUCAACCGCACCUUCACGGACACCUUACUCGUCUCCAGGGCCACUCCGAAUGACCCACACGAACUGACGAGAGCUCGGGAGCUGGACCAGCUGCUGGGGCCCAAGGCCUCUGGCUCCGACCGGGCCUUUGACUUUGUCCUCGACCUGCACAACACCACCGCCAACAUGGGCACCUGCCUCCUGGUGGAUGGCGCCCACAACACCUUUGCCCUGCACCUGUCCCGCCACCUACAGCUGCAGUUCCCCGAGGUGCCCUGCCAGGUGCUCCUGACCCGGCCACCGCAGUCGGCGAGGGAGAGCUUCAGCCUGGACUCUGUGGCCAAGAACGGAAUGACUGUGGAGCUGGGCCCGCAGCCCCAGGGCGUGCUGCGCGCUGACGUCUUCUCCAGGAUGAGAGCCCUGGUGGCCUCCGCUCUGGACUUCAUGGAGCUCUUCAACCAGGGCGCGGCCUUCCCUGCCUUCGAGAUGGAAGUCUAUAGAAACCUGGGCGGCGAGGACUUCCCGCGCACCCAGGACGGGGACCUGGCCGGCAUGGUGCACCCGCAGCUGCAGGACAGGGACUAUGAGCCUCUGCAGCCAGGUGCACCCAUCUUCCAGAAGUUCAGUGGUGAGGAUGUGCUGUACGAGGGGGACUCCACUGUGUACCCAGUGUUCAUCAACGAGGCGGCCUACUAUGAGAAGCACGUUGCCUUCCUCCGGACCGAGAAGCUCAUGAUUUCUGUGCCCCCACUGCCACCGCUGUCACCCACCCCCACGCAGGUUCUCUAACCCCAGCCACACUGCGGGCCUCACCAUCCAUCUGA